AUGAAAGAGUUCGGGUUCGGUCAGGAAGUCGCAGCGUUGGGCACGACGCUGUACGUGCUGGGCUUCUCGGGCGGUCCGACCAUCUGGGCGCCGGCCUCGGAGCUGAUCGGACGGCGUUGGCCGUUGAUCAUCGGCAUGCUGGGCUUCGACAUCUUCACCAUCGCCUGCGCCACGGCCAAGGACACGCAAACAAUCAUGCUGAGUCGGUUCUUCUCGGGCUUCUUUGCCGCCAGCGUCAUCGCGCUGGUGCCGGCUAGUCUGUCGGACCUGUUCAACAACCACCAUCGCGGGAUUGCCAUCGCCAUGUACACCAUGAGCGUCUUCACUGGUCCCUUCACCGCGCCCUUCGUAGGCGGUUUCACGGCGGAAAGCUACCUGGGCUGGCGCUGGACGCUGUACGUGCCCGCUUUGGUAGGAUUCUUCAGCCUGGCCCUGAUGGUGCUCUUCGCGCAGGAGACAUACGCUCCGGUGGUCUUGUCGCACAAAGCGUCCAUCCUGCGUCGUCAAACGCGCAACUGGGGCAUCCACGCCCGGCAGGACGAGUUGGAGAUCGAUUUCCGCGAGUUGGUCACUAAAAACUUGGCUCGUCCUUUUCGUAUCCUCUUCACCGAGCCGAUCGCCUUUCUCCUGACUUUGUAUAUGUGCGGUUACCUUGGCCCGGUAUCAAUCUGGGUUGCCCCAAGCUGA